AAGGUGUAAAGGCUGUUAAUAGUUUUGCCUAUAUGCAGUAUAGAUUUCAUCUUUGAACAGCCAAGAAUGAAAAAGAAAGUUUAUCCACUAUUACAGAAAAAUACAGUAAUUUCUUACCUGAUAGACUCAUUUCACAUUCAACGAUUUACUUUUCUAAAUGAUGAAUUUAUUAAAAAGUGAUUCUAGUUUAACAGUAUCUAUAGUGAUUACAGUUAUAAACUUUCAUUUUAAUCUUGCAGAAUGUGUUGUAUUUACAGACUGUGGUUCAAAAGCUGCGAAUGUUAUUAGUGUCCAUGUACAAAACUGUUCUGUCGACGAUAAAUCAUGCCAGAUUGAGACACAAUACAUAGAUUCCGUCAAAUUUGGGAUACAUUUUACCACAGAGAUUGGCAUCUAUGAUCCAGUGACCUCCAUUGGAACAGCUCGCAAAUGGGGCAUGCAUGCGCAGAUUUUUUCAAAUCUGAAUAUCUGCAAUAAUAGCUUGAGUUGUCCACUGCAGCCUGAUAAUCAUUUUUAUAAGGAUGAUGUCCUUGUGCCCGGAUGGGUCCCCAAGGGUGAAGCCAGUGUUCAAUGGAAGCUAUCUUCAGGAUCUGUUGAAAUUCUCUGUGUUGAAGUUGAUGUGAAUGUGCUGUAAUAAAAUUCAGGAUAACAAUAAAAAUUCAUCAAUCAUAUUAUCAUCUUGAUAUUUGGAUUUUAUACAUUAUAAUCAUGUUGAUUGUAUAAUGAAAUUUGAAUAUUUGAAACUAA